AUGCAUUACCAUCAAAUUCAUCGUCAGGCGAAAAAGACCAUAAUCAGGGACUUUCCGGGUUGUGAUCGAAUAGAAAAGGACUUUCCAAGAUCCGAGGUCGUUUCUCGAGUCAAGAAGGAUCCGAAUUGGGACCCGGGGGGGGGGGGGGGGGGGGUCUCCCUUUCGGGGAAAAAAAAGAAGGAUGGGUGGAAAUUUUUCGCGGAUGGGGGGGAAAAAACCCAAUCCUUUUUUCCCACUUAUUUACAACUGAAUUUCUGGACCUUUGGAAAAAAAAAUUUCCCCAGAACAACCUCUUUUAACCAAAACAUUUCUGAACAUGAUCCUUGGGCCCCCCCAAGAACCAUGGCCAAAAAAUCAUCGUUUUACGAAGAAACCCACAAUGCGGGUAUCGAGGUCGUUGCAAUGUCAAUCAUGUGGGAGUAUCUCAAAAUCCAACCAAUCGCUUUUCAUUGCAUAUGGCAGCUCUGUACAAGCCAUAGUAUGAAGUACACCUCAGAGCUGCCUGCUAUCAGCUCGAGCACCUUGGCGACUCUACCUUUACUUUCUAUCUCUUCAUCACCUGAUCGCCGCACGUCUCAUCAAGCUCAAGCAUCCGAUGGGGACGCGAGCACCUCCAGCUCCAGCAGAAAUAAAACACAGAAACGCCACAGAACACAAGAACCAAAUCCUGGACCCUUGAGUCCGGAACGCAGGAGCAGAGAAAAAGCACUUCCUUUCAAGUAUACAGCAUCACUCACACAUGACUGGCGCAUGUUGAAGGUGUGCUCCAUUUGCGUAUCCCCCUGA